AUGGAAAUCUAUGCAAAAUCUUAUGAUGUGAAAGUAUGGCGUGUUAUCACAAAAAGAAACUAUCCACUACCAGCAGCAACUCAACCACCCGUUGAUCCUGAAGAUAUAGAUGAAUACACAAACGAACAAAUGACAGUCAUUCAGGUUACUGUUAAGUCACAAAACCUAAUGUAUAACGCUAUAAGUGAAGAAGAGUAUGAGAAGUUUUUAAGCUGUGAUACGGUUAAAGAAAUGUGGGACAAAUUGGAGGUCACCUAUGAAGGAACCAGCAAAGUGGAAGAAACUCGGAUAAACAUGUUGGUUCAUGACUAUGAACUCUUCCUGAUGAAAGAAGGAGAAUCCAUUGAGGAAAUAGGAGAUCUUAUAGCAUUCGAGAAAACCCAUCUCAAGAAGACAAGUCAGGAAGAAAAGAAGAAAAUGGUUGCCUUCAAAUCUAUAACUGAAGGACCUGAAAAUGAUAUUGAUGAUGAUCCAGAAGUCCUUAAAGAAGAAAUUUCUAUGGUAUCAAGAAACAUGGAUGGGUUAAUGAGAAGAUAUGAGCAUGUUCAAGCUGCAUACCUAGAUCGUAAAAGAAAAGUCUCCAGAGGGUUUAACAAACACAAAUCCAACGGAAGUUGGAGUGAUGAAGAUAGUUCAGAACACGAAGAAAUAGAAAAUCUAUGCUUCAUGACCAUCCUGGAAAAUGACAUGAACAAAUACUCUGGCUCCUGGACUGAUGAAGAUACAUCAGGCGAUAAAUGCAAGGAAAAUACUGAAAACUGUUUCAUGGCACGAGGUGAAACAAGCAAGAAGGAGAAUCCAUUGAGGAAAUGUUUGCAAGAUUCAGCAAAAAUCAUUAGCGAUCUGAAAGCUUUUGAUAAACCCUAUUCAAGUGGUGAUCAAGUUCGAAAAAUACUAAGGAGUUUACCUACCACUUGGCAAACGAAAGUAGUUACACUUGAAUCUCAAGAUCUAAACAAACUUUCAUAUGAUGAACUCAGAGAAGAUCUUAUAGCAUUCGAGAAAACCCAUCUCAAGAAGACAAGUCAGGAAGAAAAGAAGAAAAUGGUUGCCUUCAAAUCUAUAACUGAAGGACCUGAAAAUAAUAUUGAUGACGAUCCAGAAGCCCUUGAAGAAGAAAUUGCUAUGUUAUCAAGAAACAUGGAUGGGUUAAUAAGAAGUGGAGAAGAGUAUGAGAAGUUUUCAAGCUGUGAUACGGCUAAAGAAAUGUGGGACAAAUUGGAGAAGGAGAAUCCAUUGAGGAAAUGUUUGCAAGAUUCAGCAAAAAUCAUUAGCGAUCUGAAAGCUUUUGAUAAACCCUAUUCAAGUGGUGAUCAAGUUCGAAAAAUACUAAGGAGUUUACCUACCACUUGGCAAACGAAAGUAGUUACACUUGAAUCUCAAGAUCUAAACAAACUUUCAUAUGAUGAACUCAGAGGAGAUCUUAUAGCAUUCGAGAAAACCCAUCUCAAGAAAACAAGUCAGGAAGAAAAGAAGAAAAUGGUUGCCUUCAAAUCUAUAACUAAAGGACCUGAAAAUAAUAUUGAUGACGAUCCAGAAGCCCUUGAAGAAGAAAUUGCUAUGUUAUCAAGAAAUAUGGAUGGGUUAAUGAGAAGGUAUAGAAAUAUNAAAUACAAGAAGGGUAAGGAUGCCAUCUAG